CUCAACAGAAGUUCUAGAAAAUUAAUAAUAAAAACAAACAAAAGACGAAAUGCAACAGAAUCUGCUAAUCAGUCUAAGCAUUUUGCUUAUAAUUUUUUUUCUGAAUGGGAGCCAGGCCGACGACAAACUGGAACCCACACAAGUCAAACGCUGCUCGGGUAAUAAACCCUUUCCGCUAGAGGUGCGUAUCCCUGGCUGUGUGGUGCCGCCUUGCAUAGUUGUCAAAGGCACAAUGCAAAUAUUUGAAAUAGACUUUGCUGUCGACAAGUAUAUAACGAAACUGACAGCCCUGGUGAAGGCUACUACACUGGGCAUUAUAACGGUGCCCUACGAACUGCCUCCAGAUGUGGCCGCCGUCUGUCCAAAUCUUAUGUAUGGCGCUUACUGUCCGCUAUAUCCAACAGAGGAUGUGACUUAUUUGUUUAAGUUUCCAAUUGGUGAAUACCCCGAAGUUGGUGUCAAAAUUGAAAUCUACUUGGUGGAUCAGGAUAAAGAUAUAGCCACCUGCUUUGUCUGCGACAUCAAAGUGAAGAAGGGCGCAAGCAGCACUCUCUAUGAGCUCAACUAUCUGGACUGAAGAAAUGCUCCAUAUUAAACUCAUUUAUAUAUUGACAU